AUGGCUGAUACAACUUUUGAUGAGAUUAACCUCUCCAUCCUCGGAGUCGCUUCCGAGUAUCCUCCUUUUGUACACGACGCAUCUGUGUUACAGAAAAUGUGCGAACGUCACUAUCCCAAGAAUGCAGCCAUGGACAAAGUUUGUAUGAUCAACCGAUACACUGGUAUAGAAUCGCGCUCUGCCAUCGGACCGGCCGACUAUCCUCUGGCAAACAUGGAUCGUGCUCCCAACAUCACUGAACUGUGCGAAGUUUUCCGAAAGGACGGUGUGGGGAUGGCCGUAGCUGCGUCUAGAAAAGCACUCGCCGAAGCUCAGAUAUCUCCAGCCGAAAUCACUCACAUUGUCGCCACGACAUGUACUAACAGCGCUAACCCCGGUUUCGAUCACCAACUUAUGAUAGACUUGGGAAUAACUCAUCCAGUGGAAAAAGUUCUACUUCAGGGUAUUGGAUGCAGUGGAGGUCUGGCUGGUCUCCGAACCGCAGCAAAUUUGGCGCUCGGACAUACUUUCCGUGGUCGUCCUGCUAGGAUACUUGUUGUUGCUGCUGAAAUUUGCAGUCUCUUAAUACGGAGUGAACUCGACAGCAUAUACGAACUUCAGGAAACAAGAAUUGGCGUAACUCUUUUUAGUGACUGUGGAAGCGCUCUUGUUCUCAGUAACGGCCUCGGGCCGCAGCAGGCCGAACCAGUUUAUGAACUACUUGGUUGGGAUCACAGGGUUAUCCCCGAUUCGCACAGAGCGUUGCGCUUUGAUGCUCAUCCAAACGGUUGGAAAGUCGCUCUUUCUCCUGAGGUUCCCAGGCUCGCUUGUGAAAUAGUCGGUCCUAGCUUCGAAGCACUCAUGAAAUCGUUACCAAACUUACCACCAAACUACAAGCAAGCUGCUGAUUUUGAUUGGGCUCUCCAUCCAGGAGGAUCCACAAUUCUGACUGGUGUCGAACGAAGAUUAGGUCUAACUCCUGAACACAUGCGGGGAAGUUACGAUAUUUACAUGAACCAUGGCAACUCAUCAUCAGCCACGAUAUUUUCAGUCCUCUCACGAUUUAGAGAUAAAGAUAUGGAUGAAUGUGCUCCAGGUGGAAAAGUCAAAGACUUCGUGGUUGCUUGCGCCUUUGGACCUGGUGUCACUAUCGAGACCUGUAUGCUCAAACGUAAUCUUAACCACGUGGCACGACCUCUGCUCAACAUCGGUGAAAUUACACCACCAGAAACUGAGAGUGAAGGCGGCCGAAGUGAGGCCGAAGACUUCGACACAGAGAUCAUCCUUGAGACAAUAGACACCCUCGAUGCAGUCGACAAGAGUUUGCUCGUCCCUGAUGACACUAUCAUCGACGAAGCGGUCGAGAUGGACAUAUGCAAUGGUAGUGCUGCUAAGGCCACCGUUGACACGUGUUCACCGCCUGCACUAAGCUGUCAAGAAGAUUCAUUUAUCAUGGAUGUACUAAACGGAGUAGAACUGGACUGA